GCCUCGGCGCCUGCGCAAGGAGCGCGAAGCUCUCACAUGUUGCGACUCUGAGGAGGCGGGUCGUGGCGGAAUCUUCGACUGCGAGUGGGGCAAGAGGAUUUGUGUCUUCAGAGGAUGAUGGCAAACCACCUUGUAAAACCCGACUCUAGAAACUGCAAGAGGACAAGAGAAUUGGAGCCUCAGUUGUCUGAGAGUCCACAGGUAUCCUCUCUUGGGAAAUCAGAUUCAUCUCUCUCUGAGUGUUCUGGACUCUUUUAUAAAGAGGAAGCUCUGGAGAAGGAUUUGAGCGAUAUGAGCAAGGAAAUUAAUCUGAUGUUGUCUACAUAUGCAAAGGUUUUAAGUGAAAGAGCAGCAGUAGAUGCAUCUUACAUUGAUGAGAUAGAUGGACUCUUCAAAGAAGCCAAUAUUAUUGAAAACUUUCUAGUACAAAAAAGAGAGUUCCUGAAGCAGAGGUUUACGGUGAUCACAAAUACCCUGCACAAGUAAUGUGCCUACACCAGCUGGAAGUUGUUUCUGUUACUGCUGGGCUCUUCUUGCUAGAGAAAAUAUGUAUUAAACUGUAACGUUUUCUAAAUUUCAAAGGGGUUUUAAGAUAGAUAUUAACAUGAAGUGUGUAAUAUUUAUUUUGAGGGUCAAAUAUCUGGCACAUUGUAUAAAAAUGUAAAUUAAAAAUUAUAUACAUGUUCUUUUCUUUAUCCUUUACUCCUAAAUUGCUUAGCCCUUCUUAAACUAUGGAAGAGGACUCUGUUAAUUUGAUUAUGCCCAACAAUAUUUGUUUAAAUAGCAGAUGAUUUCUGAGAUAGUUUUAAAAUGUUUUCUUGGUUGGUAUUAUAGAAGAACAUCAAAACAAUAAAGAUAUUUUGUCCAAUUUCUUAACAUUUAAUAAAAUAUAACAAUGUGCUACUGCUGUUUAAUAUUACCAUUUGAUUAUUUUUACUUUUAACCAUUAUAUUUGACUAAUAAAAAUUUGGCUUGAAAUAUCUUCUUAUGGUAAAAAUAAAAGCUGGAAGUUACUAUAGCCUGUCUAUUUCUUUAUUUUUUAAGUGUCAUGCUAUAUGGAACCCAGGUGAAUUCAUGGUGUACCUGCCUCAACCUCCUUAAUCAAAAUUAAGGUUAUGUACCACCAAGUCCGGCUGUCAAGUGGCUUUUUACCUAUUAACCACAUUGAUUUGUAAAGUUUAUGAAUUAUAUUUAGAAGUUUUAGCUGUAGGGUGGAUGAUAUGGAAAUUAGAAAUGUGGGACUCAGGAGAUCAUGGCUUAAACAUGGCUUUGGCAGGCCACUUCAAUCCUAUGAUAAUGGGAAGUUGAAUUUGGUCUAGAGAAGUGGUCCUCAACCUCCCAAAUGCUGCAACCCUUCACUUUAUUUCCACAUGUUGUGACUCCCAAUAUAAAAUUAUUUUUAUUGCUGAUUCAUAACCAUAAUUUUGCUAUUAUUAUGAAUCAUGAUGUAAAUAUCACUGUUUUCUGAUGGUCUUAGAAGACUCCUGUGAAAGGGUCGUCCAACCCCAAAGGGAUCAUGACCCACAGGUUUGAGAAAUGCUGGUCUAGAGGAUCUAUUAUCAGACUAAGAAAAUUCCUCCUUUGUUACAAAGCUCUGAUUUUAUUCAAAAUGAUCUAUGCAACAUAUAACUACAUUAGUUGGAUCCAAAAAUGUCUAU